GAUCCCUCCGCCCACCAGCACAGGCUGAGUCCUUGAUUACAAUAAGGGAAAACACCAUGACAAAGUGCAUCGUGAAAAACUGUCAGAGUGAUUCUUCGCAUGACUGCGACGCCACCUUUCACGGCUUCCCCAGCUCCAUCCACUGGAUUAAGCUAUGGCUCCAGCAGACUGGUAACACGUCCAUUGACGUAGAUGCCUUGGCACAGGAUGUUCUCCAGACCAAAAGACCUGGAGCUUAUCAGAUCUGUUCAAAACAUUUCUCGCCAAAAAAUUACAUGUUCAGCGGCACAAAAAUGAUUCUGAAACCGGACGCCGUCCCUAUGGUUUUUCGAGAUGUGCCGAACAUCUCAGAGGUACAAGACGUCUCCAAGACUCCAUCCUGCACAAAAGCCCAAGUAGAAAACGGGAGCUCUUCCCUUCCCCGGUCUUAUCCACUAGCAUUUCCCCCACAGAUGGGACCAACCCUCAAAGGUCUGAUCCAGGGAAGCCCAGAAAUCUCUGAACCCGGGGAUAUGAUACAGGAUUUGACACUGACCACUAAACUUAUGGUGGACAAAUCGAUUGGCACAGACCUGCAUGGUGAUUUUGUUGAAAACAAGAGCGAGAAGGUAAUGAAUAAAAGACUGUUAAAGCUAGCCAUGGAAAUCAUCUCCUUGCUGACCGGAGAGGAAUACGUAAUGGUUAAAAAGAAUCCCUCUCGACCCAGCAGUCCACACAAUGGUGAGGUACCUAUAAAAUUUGGUGACGUCUCGGUCUAUUUCACCAUGGAGGAGUGGGACUAUAUAGAAGAGCACAGAGACCUUUACCAGAAGGUGGUGACGGAGAAUCCGAUAUCCAGCAGCCCUGUCCCAGAAGAACCAGAGAUGUGCAUUGGAAAUGUAAAGGCUGUACUGGUCACUGAGGAAGAAGAUGGCGACCAAAGCGGAGCCGAAACUGCACAGGAGGAUGUUUCAAGCAGUGUGUAUGCAGGUGAAUUCAGUAUAGACUCUCCAUCGGUUGGUCAAGCAGUAGAGGAGACGUAUGUUUUGAACUCCUGGGAAACUUCUGUUGGCCAAGAGGCUACCUGCACAGAGGAUGACCUGCAAGAAGACUCCUACACCCUGCCUUCAUCAUCUAGUAGCAUGGCAAAACAUAACGCAGCUUCAUUUCAUGGGUCUCAACUAGAGGACAGUGGAGAAAAUUUUCCUAUUGCGUCACCCAGGCAUGCCAUGGAAAGUCUUGCAUACACGUCUACUUCAGAGCAAUGUGAGGAGCAAGCCUGGACCGCCUACAGUAGAUAUGUUGGUGACUCCAGUUUCACAUCAACAGAACAUCCCCAAAUUAAAGAAGAAACCAAUCAAUAUAAUUACAUGUACGAUGAAGAAGCUUCAUACGUCGAUCAUAAUCCAGUCCGUGUUUGUGAAGAACAGAAUCAACUGUUUGAGACCAUGAACAAUCUUCUUAUGCAUCAGAUGACACAUGGCCAGUCGUCUUCAGUCGAUAAGCCCUAUGCUUGCAACCACUGCGACAAGAGAUUCGCCAAAAGGUCCCACCUGGGAAUGCAUCUUAAGACUCACACAGGAGAGAAGCCGUACGCCUGCCCUGACUGCGGGAAGAGAUUUAGUCGAAGAUCGAAUAUGGCAACGCAUUACAGGACACACACUGGGGAGAAGCCGUUUGCUUGUCCCAAGUGUGGUAAACGCUUCACCCAGAGUUCCCACAUGGUGACACACCAAAGAACACACUCCACAGAUAAGCUCUUCACUUGUCCUGAGUGCAAGAAAUGCUUUACAAAGUGGUCAUACCUAAACUUUCACUUACGAACUCAUGGAAUAGAGAAACUAAGCGUGCCUUGAUUUGUGGAACGAUUUGUUGACCUGCUGGUUUGGAAGAUCUAUCACAUCUACCUUCGUGUAGACCUUGAGAUGUACUUGUCCUGAAGUGCCAUGACGGUAAUACACAUAGUGUGUGUUGUGUUCUAGAAGAUGCAGAAAGAGCUGGUGGGACAUGACUCUUUAGUCCACCUAAAGGUUCCCAUUCAAAUUGUAGACCUAUGAAGAAGACGACGACUUGGGUGAAGCAAGGGUUGCCAUCACAAGUCCAUAAACCACUCAAGAUGUAAAGCACAGUACGGGCAGCUCCAACGACCACCUGCCAGUAUCUGCACCAUUCAAUUGUUUGUCGUUUGACUGUUUUAAGUUAUUAAUAUUUUUUCUCCGGUGUGGUCUUGUUUCUUACAGUUUAUAUAUAAUGUUUUUUUUUUUGUUUUUUUUAAUCAUCACAUAGUACAGCAUUUCCCUUCCUCCCCUUUGUCAUUAUUGGCCAAUGAAAUUCACCUACCACUAGUUGGCAGUAUCACAGUAUUUUCCGUACGUUUUUGUAAACGUUGCCAGCAUACUUUUUCAUGCGCUCCGUCAUUUGAUCUUAGAAUGAAUUGUACAUGAGAAAAUCAUUAAACUGAGUCUUUUCUGGUUCAGUCUCCUAAAAAAAUUAGCCAUCAUGUAAGAUGCUUGAGUUGAAGACUGGAUGGGUUCUUUCAUUAUAGGCCCAUCAGAAGUAUUGUAGUAGCUUUACAUGAACAUCCACUGUAAUAUCGCAUAUAGAGCUGAAGCGUCUUUAUAUUCGUCAGGGCGCAGGUGGCAUGUGUGCAAUUAGACUACUCUUCGGUUAAAAAGUCGCAGCCA